AUGGCGCCCCAUUCUCCCAAACCAUCAUCUGCUGGCGUUUUGCCUAUCUCUCCGUCGGCCGUUCAGAGAGGAUCAUCGAACAAACCAAGUCCCAAGCCUGCGGCACCUCAGUUGAAGGUACUUAUUCGAAGGCUUCCGCCUGGUCUAACGGCCCAGGAAUUUGUAGCAGUCCUGGGCGAUGAGUGGAAGGUCGGGAAUGGUAAAGUUGAUUGGUUUCGCUUCAAGGAAGGAAAGGAUUUUAAAGACCCGGCAAAACCUUCUCGACCUACGAGGGCAUAUCUACGUGUUACAUCUAUACCGCUAGUUGACGAAUUAUCCGAAAAGGUUCGGGUAUCCGCAUUUCAGGAUGGACGGAAUACAAGCCGCGAUCCUAUACUCAUUGGGCCACCUUCACUUGAAUAUGCCCCUUAUCCCCGUGUUCCCGGAAGCAGGGUUCGGAAGGAUGGCCGCCAGGGAACAAUAGACCUGGAUUCCGACUUCAUCACAUUCCUUGAGAGCCUAACCAAUCCCGUCACCAAAUCUGUUGCUGAUAUUGCAGCCGAUGAUACGAAAGAGGAGAAACCAGCAAUAACACCAUUAAUCCAAUUUUUAAAGGAGAAAAGGGCAAACAAGGGCAAGGAAACUAGUUCUCCAGCUAGAUCUUCACGCCACAGUCGCGGCGAGGCGAGGGAAGGGAAGGACGCCAAGGUGGAACGGGUCCAUGCUAGGAAGUUGUUAAGCCGGGCAGAAAAGGCUACGCCUUCACCGGGAGACCGACAGUCGAAAAUCGAGAGGGCUACCAAGCAAGCCAUUAAAGCAGUUAACAAACAGACUGCUAGCCAAAUGUCAAAGAAACCACGGAAGGCAAGUGAAUCGCUGUCGCCAAAGGAAGAACGGCCACCCCCGACAGUACUCGCUCCAGAGCGCAGGCGAGAGCGAGGAAGUGAGGCUGACGGGGCUACUGUGCAUUCGAAUGAGGAUGGCAGCAAACCAACUUCCACAAAAGCCAGCAAAGAAGCUGAAUCUACCAGGAAACCUGCACUUGCGAAACAGGCAAAGGGCGCACUACAAUCCAGCGCUGUGACGGGCCGUAAUGUGAGCAAAUCGGCAAACAGACCAGUGACCCCAACAACGGUUACCGUAUCAUCGGGAUCCAAGCACAAUCCUACAUCAGCCUCUGCACAGGCGGCUUCUCAUUCUACCGCUACACAAGCCUUUUUGAAACAUGCUAAUCCAUCCCAAGGGGUGACUGAGGAACUUCUUGUGGCUGGCUUUGCUACGUUUGGGAAAGUCGUGAAGGUGGAGAUAGACAAGAAGAAAGGUUUUGGGUAUGUGGACUUUGCUGAACCAGGGGGGUUGGCCAAGGCUAUCCAAGCCAGUCCCGUCCAGAUAGCACAAAGCCAAGUUGUAGUACUGGAGAGAAAAUCGGGAGCUGCUGUUGCACAGGCAAGGGUGAAUGCCAGCAAUCGGCCGAGCCAAUCUACCAUGGGUUCUGCUCCACGGGUUGUGUCUGGUGGUGGAGGACAAACGCCUUCACGACCGACUCGUCGGGGGAAUAGAGGCAAGGGCGGGUCUAAGGAAACCGGAGUGGGUGGAGGAAAUGCUGGUAGCAAUGCUGGUGGGGGAAAUAAAAUCGGCACCUCUAAAUGA